AUGAUAUCCAGACGUGUGCUCCUCCGGCUGCCCAUGAGGCCGAGCCUUCGGGCGCCAUGCCUCAUCGGACCUCGUCCUUCAAACACGGGUUGGCCAAUUGGUGUCCCAAGACAUCCGAGGCCCUUAGUUCGAAGAUGGGAGAGCAGCAGUAUCGCCAAAAGCACUGCCGCGGGGGAUACCAGCGUCAACACCACGUCUGGUACCGUGGGUAGCGACAAUACCGGGCACAUUGAAACCGGACCCAACGAGUCGAUCCUGUUCUUUGACAAUAUCUUCCCCCUCAGGCUCAGCUCGGUGCUUAUGUGGCGUGCCUGGGAGACUAACGAGCUGCUCGGCCGGUUCAACAGCGCGUCCCUGAGCUUCCUUGACCCCAUUGGCCUCGUCAAACGUGCCAUCCCCAAAUCCGCUCCCAUCACAGUCACCGAGAUCAUCCCACGUUUAAAAGAGGGCGGCGCCUACGUCAAGUUUACCUAUCCCAAGGACAUAUCGGCUACUAAGAUUGAGGAUGAAUUGGUCAAGUCCCUCAACAAGAAACCCGUCAAGCCGUGGUUCAACCCUCUCCGCAGCAUCAAGUCACACCUCGUUCUCGGCCGUCCCUGGCUCGAAGACCUACACCGUCUACCCAAGAGCCGCCUACGCAUUGAAUUUGUCCCCGCCAAAGAUUCGGAAGCUCCUACCGAGCUAUCACAGGAGUCACUAUUUAGCCUCUUCCGCCGUUAUGGAAAGAUCUCCGACAUCGUCUCCCAGCCCCCGGACUCCAAGGUCCUACCCAAGUUCGCCUACGUUGACUUUAUGCUGGUGCGAGAUGCCAUUCUCGCCCGCAACUGCGUACAUGGCUUCGUCAUCCAAGAGGAGGGCAGCAAGAACCAGACGCGGCUGCGGUUAUCGUAUGAGCAGCGGGUGAAGCCUCAUCAUAUCUGGAACUGGUUGACAAAUCACCCGCGCAUCGUCUUUCCCAUUGUUGCCGCUCUUUUAGCUGCCUUUACCGUCGCCGUCUUUGAUCCCAUCCGCGAGUUCUUCGUCAAGUGGGUGAAACGGCAGACCUCUGACAUCUUCACGUUCCACAAACGCCAUGACGACGACGCCGGGCUCGACGCCCUGUUCACUCACCGAAAAGACCUAAUCGAGGCCAUGCAGAACAGCUUGCUAGAGACCGUUGAGACCUUCAUUGUCGUUCAUGGCCCGCGCGGCUCUGGCGGCCGCGAACUUGUCAUGGACCAAGUCCUCGAGGGCCGCCCUGAUGUGCUGGUCAUCGAUUGUCGGCAGGUUGUCGAGGCCCGCGGCGAAGCCGGCACCAUCCGAAAGCUUGCCAACCAGGUUGGCUACCGCCCAGUUUUCUCAUGGGCCAACAACCUGAGCAGCAUGGUCGAUCUUGCCAUCCAGAGCACUACGGGUGUUAAAGCGGGCUUCUCCGAGAACUUUGAGUCGCAAGUCACCAAGAUUCUCCAGACGACCGCUUCCGCCCUUAAGGAUGUCUCGUUAGCCGACAAGAAGAAACGUGAUAGGGACGCCAACCUGACCGACGAUGCGUACCUCGAGGCACACCCUGAGCGGCGUCCCGUCGUCGUCAUCGACAACUUCCUCCACAAGAGCGACGAAAGGGGCGUCGUGUAUGACCGACUGUCCGAGUGGGCCGCUGCCUUGGUACAGUCCAACGUCGCCCAUGUCAUAUUCCUGACCACCGACACCUCGUUUCCUAAACCCCUCGGCAAAGCCCUGCCCGACCGCGUCUUCCACCAAAUCACGUUAGGCGAUUUGACUCCGGAUGUCGCCAAACAAUUCGUCGUAUCACAGCUCGAGUCAGAUCAGGACGUGAACAGGAAAGGUGACAAGACCAACGAAAACAAACACAACAAAACCCACGACACUCCCACCAUCACCGAGAAGCAGCGCAGGAGGGAUCUCCAGGAGCUCGACGAGUGCAUUGACCUUCUCGGCGGCCGUCUAACCGACCUGCAAGUCCUAGCCCGUCGUCUCAAGGUCGGCCAGAGCCCCAAAAAGGCCGUCGAGGACAUCAUCGAGCAGAGCGCCUCCGAGAUCCUGCGAAUGUUUCUCCUAGCCAACAAGGGUGACGGCAACAGUGCCAGUAGCACCGACAAAAAAUGGUCUACCGAGCAAGCCUGGUACCUGAUCCGCGAGAUCGCGAGCCAGGAACGCCUGCGCUACAACGAAGUCCUUCUAACCAACACAUUCGCUUCGUCCCUCACCGCUGGCGCCGCCAACCCGGAAGUUGCUCUCGAAAGCCUGGCCAACGCAGAACUCAUCACCAUCCGCUCGCGCCACGGCCGCCCCGCAACCAUCGGAGCCGGAAAACCCGUCUACCAAGCCGCUUUCCAUCGCUUGUUAGCCGACCCAGUCGUCAAGGCACGCAUGAACCUAGCGGUGCUGACGGAGCUGGCUAAGAUUGAGGCGAAAAAUAUUGACAAGGCAGAAGGGGAGUUGAGUGUUCUGGCGAGUUUGCCAUCGCAGCCGUAUCAGGCGGCGGAUCGGGUGAAUUAUUUGCUUGCCAAGUUGCAGGGGAGCCAGAAAAAGAUUGUGGGGUAUGAGAAGGAGAUGGGGGAGCUGAAGAAAGUGUUAACUGAGGAGAUGUAA